UAUGAUUGGUCCAGAGCUACAGCUGCUGCGAACGGUGAGACAUGGCGGAGUUUGUAGUCCCGCAGAAAGGACUUCUGAAGAGUUUCUACACUUGUCAGACAUGUCGGAAGAAGUGGAUUUAAGGGCGAAAAUGUGUUCGUAACGCGCGCGGGGACGGAGGUUAAAGCGGCGGAGGAGUGUUUUCAGGAGGAGAGCUCGUGCUGAAAAUGUGUUGUCAUCUCAGUGCAGUCAACAGCCUUGAGCAACAAACAUGGCUGCUUCUUGUGUAUCCUUCGAUUCGGGUCGAAAACCGUCCGAACUGGGCCGCUGAGGACCGUUUCGGGGUCUGUCCGUAGUAGCCCGAAGAGAAGUUGACUUUCGGCAGGGAUUAACGGAACGGCUUGAAUUUGUGCUAAAGCGAAAAAACAAAACAAAACGGAGAUGGAACCUAAGCAUAAAGAGUUGUUGGAGAAAUGUUACCAGAACUUAGUGGAGUCGAUAACAGAUGCAGACCGAGUUGUGGAUGUUUUGGCUCACUGUGGGACUCUGAGCCAGGCUGAACGCUUCGAGCUGGGACACAACUGCACCUCCAACUCGGAGAAAGUAGAUCUACUCCUGAAAAUACUCAUAAGGAAAGACAGGGACUAUUUUGCGGAGUUUUGCUCGGCUUUGGAGAAGACGCACCCUCACCUGCAUUCUGUGCUGCUGAAUGGAACCGGACCAGUGGAUCACACAACUGGGUCCACUUACAGCGUCUUGUCCACCAUGCCGUCAGACUCGGAAAGCAGCAGCUCUCUCAGCAGCUUAGGUACUCCUGGUCAAGCCUCCUCCCCACCGCCGGCCCACAUGGACAGCCACAUGGUGAACGAGAAGAUGGAGACCGUCCUGUUCCAGCUAAGACACGUGACCCGAGAGAGGGACGAACUCCGCAAGCGUCUGGCUCUGUCCUCACCCGGAAGCACCUUCGACGACUGCAGACCAAACUCAAAAGCAGGUCAUGACUAUGAGCGUCUGAAGCUGCAGUGCAUGAAGGCGAUGGCAGACCUGCAGUCCCUGCAGAACCAGCACAGCACCACCCUGAAGAGGUGCGAGGAGGCUGUGAAGAAAGCAGACUUCUACCACACGCUACACAGCCGCCUGGUGAGCGAGCACGCCCAGCUUAAAGAUGAGCUGGAGGCUGUGAGGCAGGACAACAUCCAGCUGGUCAGAGAGCACAACCACUUGAAGCAGGCCUGUGAGGAGCUCAGGAGGCUACAUGAGGACGACCAGAGAGAGGUGGCAGAUAUGAGGAUGCUGCACCAGCAGGUGAUGAGAGAGGGUUCAUCUGAAGUACUUACCAAGCUGUACGACAGUGCCGUGGAGAAGCUGGAGGCCUUGAAGACGGAUUAUGAGGCUCUGAGGAAACACUACAAUGACAAUACUGCUAGUCACAACGCAGACCUGAGCCGCCUCGACCAGGCAGAGGAGGAGAACCACCGUCUGCAGAAACAGCUGGACAUGCUGCUGAAGCAGAGGGACGCUGCCAUCCACUACCAGCAGCAGUACUCCUCCUCUAUAAGAAGGUUUGACAACACACAGCAGGAACUGUCCAAGGCCACGGCUCAGUACAAGGAGCUGCAGCGAGAGAUGGAACGGCUGCAGUCGGAGACGACGCGACUCAAGACCCAGCAGCUGAAGGCGGUGAAGGACUGCGAGAAAUACAAGGAGGAGCGGGACUCUGUGAUCAGCGAGUACCGUCUCAUCAUGAGCGAGAGGGACCAGGUGAUCAAAGAGGUGGACCGGCUUCAGACGGGGCUGGAGGUGGCCGAGGCCAAGCUGAAAAACACUUCCUCAGAGAGACGGGUGGCCAAUGAGGAGCUGGAGGCUCUUCGACAGGAGCUGGCCUCAGCGCUGGUGGACAGGGACCGGGCCAUCUGCGAGAAGAACGAGCUGCUGGAGAAAUACUGCCACGAGGUGAAGGACAAGGCCGAGGCCCAGAAGGAGCUGAGCCAGGCCUGCAAGGACAUCGAGACGGUGCGAGAGGAGAGGGACGUGGCCCGCAAGGAAAGGACAGAAGCCAUCAUCCAGAGGGACCAGCUGCUGCGAGAGUAUUACCAGGCCAGACAGAAACAAGACUCAGCCACUCUGGACAUGGAACGAGCCAACAAGGAGAUUGAGAUGCUGAGGAAGCAGUACGAGGCCAUAUCUCAGGAGCUGAAGGAAGCGCUGCAGGAGGCCGAGGUGGCCAAGUGUCGACGGGACUGGGCCUUCCAGGAGAGAGACAAGAUAGUGGCAGAGAGGGAGAGCAUUCGGACACUUUGCGACAACCUGAGGCGAGAAAGAGACAGAGCUGUGAGCGAUCUGGCAGAUGCUCUGAGGAAUCUGGAUGACAUGAGGAAGCAGAAGAACGACGCUGCACGGGAACUCAAGGAGCUGAAAGAAAAGAUGGAGAACCAGUUAGAAAAAGAAGCGAGGUUUCGUCAGCUAAUGGCUCACAGUUCGCACGAUUCAGCCAUCGACACAGACUCGAUGGAAUGGGAGACGGAAGUUGUAGAACUGGAGAAACAAAGAGACAUGGAUUUGAAAGCACUGGGGUUUGAUAUUGCUGAAGGGGUAAAUGAUCCAUAUUUACCAGGAGAUUGUGGCAUAUUUGUCAGUAAGGUGGAUAAAGGAAGUAUUGCAGAAGGAAGAUUAAGGGUGAAUGAUUGGUUGUUGAAGAUUAAUGAUGUGGACCUGACCAAUAAAGACAGAAAGCAGGUGAUCAAAGCGGUACUGAGCGGAGAGGGGGUGAUCAAUAUGCUGGUGCGCAGGAGGAAGUCGCUAGGAGGACGAGUCAUUACCCCGAUCCAGAUCAACCUGCCUGGAAACAAAGAAAGUGGUAUCGGGUUGGAAAGUGGAGUGUUUGUCGCUGCUUUGAGUCCAGGAAGUCCAGCAGCCAGAGACGGUGCUCUUACUGUCGGGGACAGACUGUUAGCUAUCAAUGGAAUCACGCUGGAUAACAAAUCUGUCUCUGAAUGUGAAGCUCUGCUGAGGAACUGCCACGACUCCCUCAGUAUCUCCCUCAUGAAGUUCUUUCCACAGAGCUGCUCCGGCCAGAGUUUGUUCGAAAGUUUGAGGGACUCUGAAAAGACGUCUCGGCUCCAGUCCUGUGACGUCCACGCCAGAAACUGCAGGAACUCCAAACACAACUGCUCCAAACAUAACUGCUCCACACAAACGGACAGCUGCAGUUGUGACUUGUUCAGCCGAAGUGACGAUACAUGUAAGGAUGCAGGCGACUCUUUGGACAGCAGCACCAGCAGCUCUCAUUGCCACAAUAAGCCCUUUUCUAACGGCUCCCUGCACUCGCGCUCCCUGUCCCACCAAGGAACCUCCUCCACUUCCCACAGUCCCUCAGACCCCCACCCUGACUUCUGCUACAGGAGGCAGGACAUCCACCACCGGCCGUUCACUUUCACCCCUGUGGUGUCUGACUGUAGCCCCCCACAGACUGUCGUGGACCGAGGGAAGGGCCCACCGGCGAAGCCCAGCGGAGGCACAUGGCCUAAAGUCAUGGUGGGGGCGGCGAUUCCUGAGUGCACCCAACUGUCCAUCUACAAAAAACCCAAACAGAGGAAGUCCAUUUUUGAAGUGAACGCCUUUAGGAGGCCCGACGCCCCUCCAAAACUGGACUACCUGUCUCUUUCUCAUCUGCCAAAGCACUCGCCUCAGAGCUCCAUUUCAGAAUCGGUGCAGGCCCCUCCCACACCGCCGGCCAGGAGCGACUCGUUCAGGUUCAAACACCGCCAGCAGAACAGCUCGGCGUCCGACUCCACCAUCACCACCGGGACCCCGCCAGCCUCGCCGGCCCAAGUUACAAGCCCGCAGGAUGAGCCCGAGGCAGGCACCCAGCAGUACUACACCGAACCUCCUCCAGGUGAGACCAAGACCAACUCCAAGAAACCGGCUGAAGAGGAGGGGGGUCGACACAGAGCCGCAGAGCCGGAAAAGAGGAGAUACCGGCCAAAAUCAGCACCGGCACUUAGAAGAAAUGUGACACCAUUGCACAUCCCGGUCCCCAUGCAGGUGCAAAGUUUCUCAAAUGAUGAGAACUCCCCAGAGCCGGUGGACUUGUUGCGAUUUUCACCCAUGCGAACUAAUCGGUACAGCAUGCCCUUUUCACCCCCCAGCUACAGCAGCAUCACCGCACAUCCUGCCCAGCGUGGUUUAGCCCCAUGUCCUGCUGUAACGGCGGUGAUGAGGAACCCAGUGUACACAGCCUGGAGCCAUGAGAUCCAGUCCAACAACAGCCCUCCAGCACCUGGCACUGGUGUCCACACACAUUCACUCACAAGCCCCCAGCAUCAAGGUCGCCUCAGUUUGGACCUCAGCCACAAACGCACUGGAGACUUGACUGAGACAAGCUGCAGCCAGUCGGCCCACACCACCAACUCUCUGCCCUCCAGCGCCAGAUUGGGCUCCACGUUACAGUUCAGGGCGGAGCGUAUCAAGAUCCCUCCAACCCGCUACACACGCUCCACUGGAUCCGAUAGAGGCUCCCUCUCUCACUCAGAGUGUAGCAGCCCAACACCUCCGAUGUCGCCCGUCAAUCUGGACACAUCAUCUUUCACCAGCAGCCAAUCACAGAGCUCCAUUUCCAUCCAGCCCAGGAUAUCAGUCAGCCCCGCUCCUGUCUGUGACAAGCGGAAGGAUGGACUCCCACAGGCUUUUAAGCCCAAGUUCUUCUCUUUAAGAAGCUUGAGGCCGUACCUGGAGGAGCCACGCAAUGUGACUGUCCAGAAAGGAGCUGAACCCCUGGGGAUCUCCAUAGUGAGUGGAGAGAACGGCGGAGUGUUCGUGUCCAAAGUAACAGCAGGAAGUAUCGCACACCAAGCCCGUUUAGAGUACGGAGACCAACUUCUGGAGUUUAACGGGAUCAACCUCCGUAAUGCCAACGAACAGCAGGCGCGGCUGGUGAUUGGACAACAGUGUGAUACAGUCACCAUUCUGGCUCAGUAUAACCCGCACAUGUUUCAGCUGGGCAAUCACUCUCGAUCUGGUUCUCGUAUGGAGUCCAUCAGCAACCAGCCGACGCCUCAGGACAGCGGCGCCACCACCCCUGACAAUCACUCCACCAUUGAUACUUUGAGCGAACAGGAUGAGGGAACUAUGACGCCGCCGUCCAAACAGACCACCCCCGCCACCAGCCCCCAGAGCUCCUUCAGGCUGCCGGGUUCAGGCCACCACAGAGCGGCAGAGAUUCGGCUGGUGAGGCUAAAGAAGAUCCAGGUGGAGCUGGGAGUUCAGAUCUGCGGAGGAAACCUUUAUGGCAUCUUUGUGGAAAGUCUAGAUGAUGACAGCCCUGCAAGGAGUCCUGAUGGCCUGCUGCAGGGAGACCUGAUACUGGAGUACAACGGUGUCAGCAUGAAGAACAAAACGAAAGAGGAGGCGUACCUGGAAAUGUUAAAACCGGCUGAAACAAUCACUUUCAAGGUCCAGAGCUGUGUGAACGAAGUGGCUGUCAUCAAAGAGUCUCCGGGAGAUGGAUUUUUCAUCAGAGCACUUUAUGAGAGGGUGGCAGAUGUGGAGCAGGAGCUGAGCUUUAAGAAAGAUGACAUCCUGUACGUUGAAGACACGCUACCAAACGGUAACUUCGGCUACUGGACGGCCUGGCAGCUCGACGAGAACGCACAGAAGCUGCAGAAAGGACAGAUUCCAAGUAAAUACAUGAUGGACCAGGAGUUCUACAGAAAACACAGCACGGCUGAUAUGAAAGACGACAACGGCACCAGUAAAACUCUGUCGGCCGCUGCUCGGAGAUCGUUUUUCCGCCGGAGGCAGAAGCACAAACGCAGUGGGUCGAAGGACGGAAAGGACCUGAUGGCUCUGGACGCCAUCAGCACCGACUCUUUUCCCAUCACAGAUGACGGAGUGAGUGUGGUGUACCAGCGGGUUCAGAAGGUGGAGUGCUCCUCCCCCAGACCCGUGCUGGUCCUGGGUCCGUUAGUGGAGUCCAGUAAGGACAUGCUGGUGAAGGAAGCUCCUGCCAAGUUCUCUCGCUGCCUGCCCGAGGUUAUGAAGGCAUCUCAGCAGGCAAUUGAACGAGGAGUGAAAGACUGUGUGUUCAUCGAUUACAAACGAAGGAGCGGCCAUUUUGAUGUAACAACUGUUGCAUCGAUAAAAGAGAUCACGGAGAAGGACUGUCACUGUUUACUUGACAUUGCCCCUCACGCCAUCGAACGUCUUCACAGCGUUCACAUCUACCCAAUCGUCAUAUUCAUACGCUACAAAAAUGCCAAGCAGAUAAAAGAGCAGAAGGACCCUCUGUACCUGCGGGAUAAACUUUCACAAAAACAUUCCAAGGAGCAAUUCGAGGCGGCGCAGAAAGUAGAGCAGGAGUUCAGCCGCUUCUUCACAGGCGUCGUCCAGGGCGGCAGCGUCUCCUACAUUUGCACUCAGAUCAUGACCAUCGUGGAGCAGGAGCAGAACAAAGUGCUGUGGAUCCCAGACGGACCGCCGUAGAAACUCUACCUUUUACUUCCUGCAUGUCACUCCAAUAAGAACAACAAAAAAGAAAAACCGGCACAGAGGCGACCCUUGACCGUCCAGAACUGCACAGAGGUUUUAACACUACAGGAUCGGUACAUGUAACAGACAUCAUGUUUAACUCCACAUAUAGCAAUAUCAGCACUGACGACGCUACUUCAAUAUCCCACUCAUGUACUGUACUACAGAUAGGUUUGUUUACACUAGUGUUUAAUACGACGCUUACUUGAAUGUUUUAUUUUUUUCCCCUUUUUAUCCCAUAAAUUCGUCGGACCACAUGAAGUUUGCAUCGCGAAGAAAACAAAACUCCUUAGAGUAGGAAGGACCACUGUGAUCCUGUCUUUCUAUUUAUAUUCCUGCCAAUUAAUUUAUCUAAUCAAAGACAUUGGUAUGAACUCCUCGUAUACAGAUGUAGCUGUGUAGUUCGUAGGAUUAUAUUUUCCAUUUAUUCUUAUUUAUAGAGGAAAAAAA